AUGAUACAACUACUCGCACAAUACACCAAAGAACUGCGUGCAUACCACACCAAACUGUCGCCAAAAAAACCACCACCCCUGCGCCUCUUCAUCACUGGUGGCGCUGGCACAGGCAAAAGCCACACUAUCACUGCUUGCACACAAUACCUCCUACGAUCAUCACCACAGUCACUACAAAUCCUCACAGCACCCACAGGUGUGGCAGCAUACAACAUCAAUGGCAUCACAUUACACAAAGCUCUCAACCUUCCCGUCAAACACCACAAGUCGGCCAAUUACCAACCACUCAAAGGGGAAAAAUUAGCAGACCUGCGCAAACUGUGGAAAAAUAUCCACUACCUCAUUAUUGACGAAAUUAGCAUGGUCUCCAUCAAAACAUUCACAAUCAUCCACCAACGCCUCACAGAAAUCCUCGCAACAGACAACACUGAUCAACUCUUCGCCGGCAUCUCAAUUCUAGCAUUCGGCGACUUCUUAAAGCUAAAACCAGUCAUGGGUAAAUACAUCUUUGCAACCCCAACACCGGACACCACCAUACACUUGUGGAAAGAUGUCUUCACACUACUGGAACUACAAACAAAUUACAGGCAGGCCAGCGAUCAGUCCUACGCACAACUCCUAAACAGAUUCCGCUUAGGCCUCCACACCACACACGACAUGCAAACUUUACAUGAACGCCUUCUCACCCCUGCUGCCCUCAACCAAUCACCAUUUCAUACAGCAAUCCGCUUGUACCCCACCAACAAACAGUGCCACCAACAUAACCAAGCCAAGAUUUCAGAACAACACCAUCAACAUACACUGCAUGCCACUGACAGCAUCACCAAUAACUGUACACCACCAAAAACCUUGCAAGAAUUACUACCUACAGAUGAACGUGAUUGCGCUGCACUCAUACACCCUCUGGUACUUGCGCCUGGUGCAACUGUCAUGCUGAUCAGAUAUCUUGAUACAACCGUAGGCCUAGUCAAUGGUGCAACAGGUACUGUCACAGAAAUCAUACCCAAUACAAACAUCAAUAACAGCACAGUCCUCAUCACUUUCCACAAACAACAAAUAGGCAACAAGUACAAAACCUCCACAAAACACCCAAACGCCAUACCAAUCCAACCAAUCACUGCAACAUUCUAUGGCAAAUACAACACAACCAUCAACAUAACUCAAUUCCCAUUAAAGCUGUGCUGCGCAACUACCAUCCAUAAAAUGCAAGGCACAUCUUUAGACUCAGCAGUCCUUGACCUAGGACCCAAAAUGUUUACAUCAGGCAUGGCAUACGUUGCACUAUCCCGUGUGCGCAACAUGAGUGGUCUAGUCAUAACACACAUACAAAAGAAAUCACCAGGUUUCGCUGCAUCCAAAUCUGCACUUCAAGAAAUGAAGCGCCUGCGUCAAACAACAACAUUACGCUGA